CUCGUGGUUUCCGGCUAGUAGGUUUUCGAAACGUCAUGGUGCAAUGACAGAACAAGUUCACUGUCAGACCUGCUAUGGAAGGGAGGAACAUAUGGAAUAAUUUUUUGAUUUUAUUGUUGAUACAUCACAAUGUCUGUUUAGGAAUUAAACUAACAGCUUAUCUGUCAGAAAAUGGUUUACAUGGCACUGUAGAUUUUCAAGAACAACCAAAGGAUAGUAAAAAUGUGUACAUACAGGUUUCAUUACAAGUGGCUGAAGAUCAAUCUGUUUGGUCAUGGCAAAUACGAGAAUUUCCUCUGUAUUACACAAAUUUGGAAAAUCGUUGCACUGGAAACAACUUAGGAUCAAAACUGGUAGAUUUAAAUGAGAUUGUUGGACCAUUGACAUUUCCUGAUAACAGCUCUAGUACAGUGAUUUUGUCAAAAGAUUUACUGUCCUUGGAAGGUCCAAGAGGCAUAUGGGGACGGUCACUGGUAUUACACUCUGAUGAUGGACGAAGAGCUUGUGGUUCAAUUACUAUUUCAGGUGCUGCUGAUGAGAAAGUAGCAGAAGCAAGGUUUUUUUCUCCACUUACUGGUUCUGUAUUUUUUCGUUGGGCUGGCAGUCAACAAUUAAAUACAAUAGAUACCUUAGUACAUGUCAAUCUAUAUCGAGUGUCAAAACCUUCAUGGACCUUGACAGAAAAUACCAAACAUAACUGGAAAAUAUUUGCUACUGAUAUUUUGGAUUCUGAAGCUGAUAAGGCAAGAGAAAAUUGCAAUUUUUUACAACUUGUAUUUGAUCCUGAAUCAGCUCCUAAAGGACAAGCUAUAGGAGAUAUAGAUAAUCGAUUGGGCACACUGCAAGUGGCUAAAGAUUUUGAAUCUUCAGUUACUUCAGUAUUUCAUGAUCCAGUUUUGGCAUCUUUACCUGUAGCAUUACUAGACAAUAGAAGAAGUCUUUAUCUAGUUAUAUUUGAUUCCCGUCAUCAUGACAGUUUCUUGGGGUGUGCUAAGAUUCGUGAGCUUUCUCCUAUUACAUUCAAAACAUUGAUCAGUUCAAAUGGAAUUAAAGGGCAAGUAACUUUCAGUCAAAGAUCCCCAUUUGAUCCCACAUGGCUACAAUUUAAUCUAACAUCACCAAGGAAUGAGGAUAAACGUAUUUCUUCAUUCAAGAUAAAUGAGUUGCUUCCCUUGUCAUAUGUACCUCCUGGAGAAAAUCGCUGCUUGACCACUGGUCAGCUAUUCAACCCCACAAGUAUUUCUAAUGAAAAUGCGGGAGCCAGUCAGGACACAUAUGCCAUUGGAGAUUUAAGUGGGAAACACAACAUGUGGAGAAAAGAACUCACACUAUCUGAGUUGAAUCAGAAAUACUGGGAUGUUUUUCUUCCACUGCAGGGACCACAUAGUAUUGGUCAUCGCUCUUUAGUUUUUCAUAGAAAUUUAGGAAAUGGUACAAUGGUUCCAUGGUUCUGUGGAGAUUUAAUACAGUACUUGUCAAGUAACAAAAAUUGGAAAAUGCCAAUGUUUACGGCAUCAGUAGUGUUCCGAUAUCCAACAGUAGGAAGAAUUAUUUUUCGCCAACCUAGAGAUCAACCCUGGACUGAUACUACAAUCAUUAUAGAAUCUCUUGUGCAUGGUGAUGGCACUAAUUUAAAUAACACAGAAGACCAUCGUUGGCUUAUUCAUGAAUUUCCUCCAGGAAAGGAUUUUUACAAUUGGACCGGCAGGUGUCUCAGUGCUGGAACUCCUUACAAUCCUUACAAGGUAGAUUAUGAUCCUAAUAAUGAUGAAACAUGCAAUCAGUUUUCACCAAGUAGUUGUCGACUAGGUGAUUUGUCAGGUCGUCAUGGCACAUUAAAAAUUGCAGGUCGACGAGUCAAUGGAACUCGCCUUACACGGCGAUUGUUCACUGACAGUCAGCUUCCGUUGAGUGGAGCAGCAAGUAUAGUAGGACGAGCACUUGUUUUGUAUGAUGAUAAUGGACCCAAAGCAAGAGGAGAGAGACUUGCAUGUUCCCCUGUUACAGCUGUGUAUCGACGAAAAGCUGUUGUAAAAGACUGGUUUGGAAAUGGGCAAUUGACACCCGCUCCUGUGCAAGCAAACUUAGAAUUUCCAUGUGAAGCUUCAACCCUAUAUGGACAUUGGAAUCCCAAAGGUGUUUCUCCAAGAUUAUCCCCACCACCUACUCAAGGGAGUGAUGAUGAAUAUGAAAUGGGAGAUUUAAGUGGAAAAUUUGGUUUAUUGAACAAUCUGACUAGUUUAAUUGCUGCAUAUAAUGACACUGACAUCACUCUGUUUGGACCUUCCAGUAUCCUUGGUAGAUCAGUGGUUAUUCACAAGAGAGAGAAAAAUGUGAGAUGGACUUGUUCUUCAAUAGAGCGAGGUUAUGCUCCAUCAGAAGCCCGUGAAUUGCGUGCUAUUGCAUCUUUUCACCAUCCCCUAGGAUUUGCUUGGGGAUAUAUUCGAAUGACCCAGUUAAUUUAUAAUGAUGGAAGUGCUAGUGAAACAAUUCUUGAAGUAAACUUACGGCAUCCUGGGAAAAAUGAUCGUAACGUGACCAGGAAUCACAAUUGGGCAAUUUAUGUCAAUCCCGUGGGUGUUGAUGCAUCAGUGAAAAUUUUAAAUACUCGAUGUGUUGCUGGAGGUUAUAUCUGGAAUCCAUAUUAUACACAACUUGCAGAUCCACGUAAUGAUGAACUGUAUCGUGAAGAAUGUGGUCCUGACAACCCUCUUCGUUGUUAUGUUGGAGAUAUUUCUGGAAGAUUAGGUACUAUUGACAUAGGAGUGGAAAGACAAGUAUUUUCUGAUGUAAACUUUCCUCUUGAAGGACCUGUGUCUGCUCUUGGAAGAUCUAUAGUCAUCUUAAAUAAAGACCGAGGACAUGAACGGUUUGCGUGUGCUAACAUUGAGCCAGAUUAUGAUAUUAUCAAAUAUGCCAAUUUGAGAAAACCUCCCAAAUUUGUUAUGGCACAGUUCAUAGAUGAUGUUCGAGAAGUAAUGGGAAUUCCUGAAUGGAUGCUUUCCGUGGAUAGUCGUAAAACUAAACUACUUCAUGGUGGAGGUUGUGUGCAAUUCUUAAUGCAUUUUAAAGGUCCUGUUGCUAGUCAGUUGGAGCAGGAUUUCAAUCGUCUCAUAAAUAUAGGAGUACUUUCAACUCCUAGUUUAUAUAUUCAUGGCUAUGUUCCACCUCUAAAGAGAAAAACAACCUUACCAUAUAGACCUUGUGGAUCAAGGGAUCCUGCAGACAGAAAAUCUAGAAACAAUGGUGGACACAAUUUCCAUGUACACUCUCCUACAAAAUUUCUGCUGCUCGUUGUAAUUUUUUGUUACUUUUUAUAUUGAUGGCUUGUGAAUAUGUAUAUCUAUGGAAGUCAAAAUAUUUAUUUUAAUUUUUUUGAUAAUGCAGACUUUAUUUUUUCAUAACUAUAUACAUGACUGUGUACAUGACUAUCUUGAAAUAAAGUAUAUAUUUUCUAACUCUUUUCUUUUCCAAUUAAUUCUUCUUAUUUCAGAUUUUUAAAAACCAGUGGUAUUUCAUGACUUGUUGUGAGCAGAAAAGUGCGAACAUCAAAUUCCAGUUUGCUUGGUGUGUGUUUGCUAGGCAGCACUUCAUAGUUCAGCAAGAUUCGGGAUAUGGCAUUCUUGGCUACCAUGAGUGCCAUCCUCUUCCCUAUACAAAUUCUUGGCCCUUCUCCAAAAGGCAUGUAUGCAAAUUUAUGUCUAUUUCUUUUAUUCUCCUCUGAAAAUCGUUCUGGGUUAAAAUUUUCAGGAUCAGGAUAUAAAUCUGGAUCUCUCUGAAUACCAAGUAAACUUGUAAAUAUAUGUACUCCUUUAUCCACAACAAAAUUUGUUCCAGGAAUUUGGAAUGGUUUAGUACAUGUUCUAUCCAGAAUUGGCAUUGUAGGAUACAAACGCAAAGUUUCUGAAACAACCAUGUCUAAAUAACGUAGAGAAUGAAUAACCUCGUAAGAUAACUUCCCAUCAUUUGCUUCUACAGCCUCUUGAAUUUCAUGCCGUAAUUUAUUUUGUACCUCAUUUUUCAUUGCUAAAUGGUAUAAUGUGAAUAAAAUCGUUGAUGAUGUAGUCUCAAAGCCUGCUGCCAAAAAUGUGUAGGCUUGUGAAACAAUGUCUAUUUUUAAAUUUUCUUCUAUAUGUUCUUUUGAAUUGCUGAAUUGAUCAGCUAAACGAAUAAGACUCUCCAAAUAGUCAUUUCUCAUUAAUUGUUGUUCUGGGUUCUGCCUUUGCUUGACAACAUUCCAAACCGAUUUUUGAAAAUAUUUCUCAACUUUCUUUGAAGUAGUUUUUACAGGCCACAGUUUUAAUAAUGGUAAAUCCAC